UAAUAGAAAAUGUUGACGAUUCCGAGCUUCGUCCUCAACCUGUCAAAAAAUUACCUGCUACCUUCUACAAACAUGUCUGACAGUCGUUCUCGCAGAAUCGGAAAAGAAUUAGCUGAUGUACGUCGGGAUACACAAGCUGGAAUCCAGGUUUGGACCGUGAAUGAAUCCGACAUAUCUCGACUCAAGGGAAUGUUUAAGGGCCCUCCUGAUACCGCUUAUGAAGGUGGUUACUACACUAUCGAUGUCGAAAUUCCCAUUGACUAUCCUUUUCGUCCUCCUAAAAUGAAGUUUGACACAAAGAUUUACCAUCCAAACAUUUCCUCUCAAACCGGAGCUAUCUGUCUCGACAUUUUGAAAGACCAAUGGUCUCCCGUGUAUACCGUGAAGUCUGCGUUGAUUAGUUUGCAGUCUCUUUUGUGCACCCCGGAACCCUCGAAUCCUCAAGAUGCACAAGUAGCCCAAGUAUACAUAGAAAACCAUGACCAAUUCAUUAAAACUGCCAAAGAAUGGGUUAGACUUUACGCCCAACCUCCUGCAUUUAUCGAUGUAGAAGAGGAAGGUGACAGUUAUAAUGGAAUUGAUCCGAAGGUUGUUCAAAGUCUGCAGAAUUUCGGCUUUGAUCAGAAUGUGAUUGUCAGUGCUUUGUCUAAAGAAAACAUAAAAUCACAAGAGGAUGUUGACAAUUACCCUAACGGGAUCAAUGGAAUUUUGGACUUGCUUUUGCACUAGUUUGGACUUAGUAACAAGAAACAAAAGAAAUCUCACGUUAACCAGUUAUUGAAUUGAAAGUGAGACAAAGCAUUUACUGUUGUUCUCUAUUAAUGAUUUUACGGAAAUAAGAAAUUAACAUUUAUUCAUUCAUCGAAAUCAAACAGAGCGUAAACAAGUUCAUUAGUGUUAAUUAAUAAAAAGACAACAACAAC